AUGCCCCUAUUUCGAGAUCCGGAUCGGAGGCGUCAUUAUCUAUGGUCGCCCGACCAUGGCAAUGGUGAACAACCGACCGCAGGGUCCUCGCAGCUCCAGCUAAAUGAUCUCAGUCACCUUGAGGGUGAGGUAGCUGCUCCAGAAAUGGCAACCAACUCUAUGCAUUCAACGGCGUUGAAUCCGCCCAAGUCGUGGGCGAAUGAUCGGGAGGAGCUCAUCCACCGUAUCAAAGAAUCUUCGCCUUGGAGACUUCAACAUAUGUCCCCGGAUAAGGACAACAAAGAUUUAUUUAUCUCUCAAACUUCACGGGAGCAGUCUCAAAGAGCAGCAAGAGAGUAUGGAAGCCGCUCUCUCAACGAAGAACGUCAUAUCAAUGCGACAGAGGAACUGGGAUCGCCGGCCGAUAUCCAGAGACCUCGGUCAGCGUUACACUCCGGUGAUUUCAGGGAAGGUGCCACAGAUUCCCAUGACUCACACGCUCCACGGUCCCCCUUUACUGACCGGAGCUCGGCUUCUCCAUUUGCUCAUUUGAGCUCCUCGCCCACUACUCCUUGGUUCGGAGCACAGGCGUUGCCCUCCGGUUUACGAAAGACAGGCACAUCGAAUGAACACCCUCAGUCCGAUGUUAUCCUGGAUGCUCGCGCUGGUGCACCGGCGGUGGGCUCAUUCUCGUCAAGUUAUGUUCUGAAAGCUCCUACCAGUCCUCUGGUAUACCAAGCGAAUAACACCGACUUGGACUUUUCGUCCCGUGUUGACCAUGAGGACGUUUUGGAGCAUUUAGACAGAAAAAACCGCCGCCGUACUUUGCCACCAGAGACCUUCCGCAAUCUCCAAUUCUCCUUGCCAAGCAAUCAAAUUCUCAACUCUAGCGGUCCAUCUCCCCCCGGACGGCAGCAUGAUGUCUUCACAAAUCAAACAUCUUUGCCUCGCCGGUCAUUGACUUCAUCGUAUAGUCUUCAACUUGCACCGACCCCCGGGGGGCAGAUCCCACCAUCGCGAGUAAGACGGCCGUCUUUCGUCUCUGACAUCUCGUCAAACCAUCACGCGCCGAUGGUGGGCUCUUACGAGGAAUCGAUAUUACGCGGGAGAAUGUCAAUGAAUCCUUCCAAGCCGCUGGAUUUCACGGCUCAGAUUGGUGUCCUGGGCAAGGGGAAUUGCAAAGGUCAUUUAAAAUGUCCGCCACAUGUUACAGUGCCAUUUCCGGUUGUCUUCUACAGUUAUCCGACCUCCGGGUCCGGCCGCUCAAUCUCAGAUGACAAUCCAAGUCCCUAUGCAUUCCCGCCACAGGUGGAGCAAAUGAUACUCCUGCAUGUGCUGAAUCACGACGCCACCGGGAAAAGAAGAAUCGCACGUCAGAAUCGCCUAAAUGUCCCCCGGGGGGGGUCUUACCGCAUUCCGCAACAAGGUCAACUACAAAUCAUAAUCAAAAACCCGCACAAAACCGCGGUAAAGCUUUUCCUAGUUCCAUACGACCUCGGUGAUAUGGAACCUGGCACAAAGACCUUCAUUCGGCAACGCAGCUAUUCGGCAGGUCCGAUUAUCGAUAUGCCGCUCAGUGCACGGAAAAAUUAUGGGACCGAUCGCCCUGAAGCUUCCUUGAAUCCCACAGAAGACCCUCAGGACAAACCCACGUUACGAUACCUCAUUCAUCUAAACAUCUGUUGUCCCGCGCGCGGUCGCUUUUACCUACAUUCGACUAUUCGCGUGGUGUUUGCAAACCGCGUUCCGGACGGCAAGGAGAAACUACGGAAUGAGAUCCAAAAUCCUGAGCCUCGAUACAGCCCGUACAAGCCCUCCCGAGAGUCUUCCAUCUCGAGCACUGCGAGCGCAAAUACGCGCCUGGGAACUGAACAAGCUUCUCGCAGACUGAGUGUGGGCCAGGGAGCGACCCCUCGUCUGCACCCACAUGUGUCAAGCGGGUUCCCCUCACAGCUAGAUGCGCCAAGACCCGUGGAUGUUACAGGUGGCCCUGAAAAUAAUGCUCCCUCGCAUAGUGUGUCUCGGUACAACGAGCUCACCAGAGGCGACGAGGCUUACGGACGUCAUGCUCGUAUAUCGAAUCCAGUCGUCUCAGAAUCUGGCGAGAGCCUUCUUGCCAAAAGACUCCGAGGCCUCGAUGUGCACAGGUCGGAGUCCACAGUAGAUGAACGACAUCCACGCAAAUUGGGCCUUUAUGAUCGACCAUCUCCUACCCACAGCCACCAUCCUCGCUGA